AUGACUUUCUCCAUGAAAUACAAUCCAGAACUCCAGAAGAGAUCGUUGGAGAACAGGGAGCAGAAACAGCAAGAUUUUGACAACUUUGUCAACAAACUCAAGGAAUAUUCCAAAUCCGACAAACCAAUAUGGAUAGCCGCUGCCGAAGACGAAGCUCGUCAAAGAGCUAAUAUCGCAGAGGAGCAGCGAAGAAUAGCGCAAGACAUACAAAGGAGAAGGGAGAAGAUAAGAGACGAGAGUCUGCAACGAUGA